AUGUCGCAGAGCCACCUCUUCCCCAUCACGCACUUCAAAACCGGCUUCACCACAUGCGCCUCGGUCUCGCACCCCUCUCUCACCUCCGUACCCCUAACGGACGACGCCCUCGGCGUGCACAAGGCCUUCUCCCUCCCGCACGAGCUCGUCGCCCCGCCUUCAUCCCCGGACCCUUCGUACCCAGAGGCGGGAACCACACCCGACGGGGCGCCAGCACCGGGCACCGCGUGGCAGGCGCGCUAUCCGAAGGGCAGCAUCAACCCGCGCUCGGACCGCGAGGGCGGGAGCGUGUUCUACAUCGCGGGCCCACCUGACUUUGCAAAAGCGCUAGAAGAGUCACGGGAGGCACUCAUAAGCUAUAGGGUACUUCUGGACGCGGAGUGGGAAUGGGUGAGGGGCGGGAAGAUGCCGGGGAUGUACGGUGGGGAGGGCGACUUGGCGUAUCAUUGCUCUGGAGGACGGCAGUCCGAACGAUGCAGGUGCUUCAACCUUCGGCUUAUGUGGAGAGCACACGGUCACGGAGAACUCUACGCAUACCUGCCACCUAGCGACACAAACAAAAACAGACUAUCCGCCGUGCCUCCUCGAUCUAUCGUGAACCCCGACUACGGCGUGUCAGCUGGCCGCGGGGCAUUUAUAUGGCCAAAGGCACGCUGGGUGACGCUUGCAGAGCGGGUGAGAUUGAACGACGUCGGCCAGGCGAAUGGGGAAGUACAAGUAUGGGUCGAUGGACAGAGCGUCAUCAACGUCAAUGGCCUCAUCCUCCGCGAGAACGCAGAUUCGCGGAUUAAGGGCAUACACUUCUCGACGUUCUUCGGAGGUCAUGAGCCUGAAUGGGCCUCGCCCAAGGACUUGAGAGCGUGGUUCUCCGAUUUCUCUGGUGCAGUAAUUGAGUAGUGAGGUAUGUUCACAACGAUGUACACACAUAGCACAUGCAUCCUUCCGUAAGUUAUGCGAACUGUCUUUAGUGUCUGGGACCAUUAUAAACCUGAUGUAUAGUUUUAAGUACCCGUAAGCCCUGGAGGAAAUCUAUCUUUUCUAACCCGUGCCCUUCCUCCGUCUUCCCGGCCUAAGAAGUGAUGCCCGGUACAUAUCGCGCAUACCAACUGGCUUUGUACGCCAUGAAGACGGGAGAAAACAACCAGUGAUACUUGAACAUAACCGAUGCCUUCGGUAGUCGACUCGAUACAAGCGUUCCGUUCCCAUGCCAAGAAGUGGUGGGAUUGAGGAGCACCUCGAGCGUCGAAAGCCCACCACACAGCUGCUCGUCGAGCUGCGCGAGGCGCUCCAAGUGCGUCUCGCUGCGCAGCGUGACCACCAGCGUGCUCAGCGAAGGGAGCUCAGCGACAUCGAAAAUGUGCGGCCCGUCAAACGACGGGUCCCGGUACGAGAACCCGAAGACGCGGACCUUGGGAAGCGAGAACGGCUCGGACGACAUGACGAACUGGUCCGUGUACAAAAACACCUCCUGCAAGCUCGGAAACGUCCUCUCGCUCAGAUCGCCCACGUCCAGCACCGGCGACUUCGUCAGAACGAGCGACUCGAGGUGCUCCCACCGCAGCCCGAAGAACACGCGCACGUCCUCCCAGUUCGGCAGCGCGAUCUGCAGCCGCGAGAGGCGCUGCAGCGCCGGCGACCCGAGCCUGUCGCGCGCGCCGAGACUCGUGACCAUCAGCUGCUCGAGACGCGGGAACCGCUCGAGACAGUCGACGACCCGCCGCGCCCUUUCCUCGUCCAGCCCCGUGAUCGC